CCUUCUGCCAUGGAUCGUUGCACUGCCUGCUGAGCUGAGCUGAGCUGCUCCUGCUGCUGGACUGUAUACUGUGCAGUCGGCCGGCGGAGGGCCAGCGGGUGUCGCCGGGAUCGAAGGUCAGGAUGGAGGAGGGCCUUCCCCCGGGGUUCCGGUUCCACCCGACGGACGAGGAGCUCAUCACUUACUACCUCAGCCGCAAGGUCUCCGACUUCUCCUUCGCCACCCGCGCCAUCGCCGACGUCGAUCUCAACAAGUGCGAGCCAUGGGACCUUCCAAGCAAAGCUAGCAUGGGGGAGAAAGAGUGGUACUUCUUCAGCAUGCGCGACCGGAAAUACCCGACCGGCAUCCGCACGAACCGGGCAACCGAAUCCGGCUACUGGAAGACCACCGGCAAGGACAAGGAGAUCUUCCACGGCGGCAGGCUCGUCGGCAUGAAGAAAACCCUAGUCUUCUACGGAGGCAGGGCUCCCAAGGGCGAGAAGACCAGCUGGGUCAUGCACGAGUACAGGAUCCAGAACAAGUUCCCAUACAAACCCAACAAGGAGGAAUGGGUGGUGUGCAGGGUGUUCAAGAAGAGCCAGAUAGUGAAGAUGAGGCACCCACAGGACAGCCCCGACAUGGACUCCCCGUGCAACGACGCCCACGCCUCCCUCGGCGAGCUCGGGGAGAUCGACGUCUCCUCCAUUCUCGGCAGCUUCACCCCAGCCAGCGCGAACGCACCCGGCGACAACUUCGGCCACCGGAUCGACAUGGGCGCGUACAUGAACUGGCUGGCGGCAGCAAACCAGGGCGCGGCCGCCAUGCUCCCCUGGGCUGCUGCGGCGGCGCCGGGGUUGCUCGGCACCGUUUUCUCUGCCAACCCCGCCAUGCAGAAGGCGCUGGCGCCGUUCGCCGGGUGCAGCCAGCUGCCGAGAGACGUCGGCGGUGAUGCCUUGUUCGGGAACGCCAUGGCGAAGGUGGACAUGGAGUGCGAGCAGCCGCCGCAGCUGGAAAUGCACGAGUCCACAUGGAGAACCUUCUGAUCAAUUCAUCGGUUCAUCGCGUAUAAUAAGGAAAAGUAAUAUUGUUAUAUAACCCUACAAAAAUUGUGGUCAUAAAUUAUCUAAGAUACAUUUGUAGUUAAAAAUGGGACAAUCCCAUGGGUCAGAAUCAAUUAAAAGUUUAACUAGACAAGUUCGUGGGUUCGGUUGAUCUAUGUCUCUUAAGCUGUACCAAACAUUGUAUGUUUGUCCAUCUGUUAUGAAAUGAAAAAAAGGAAGUGUCUUUUUCACCGACA